AAUGUGUAUUAACAGUGCCAAGGGGAACUCAGUUAAACUAGACGCUCAGAUGCCUUUGUUCGGCAAGCUAUUCGACAAUCAAGAAGUUUAUAUUACUAUCAAAGAUGAAAAUGACGAAGUUCCUGUAUUUAAAAAUGCUCCCUAUCCGUUUCGUGCAACUGUACCUCACAAUGCAGCUCCGGGUACAAGUGUAUAUCAGCUUAUGGCUGAAGAUCCCGACGGAGGUUCUGAGAUAAGAUACGUGAUGGAAUCAGGAGAGGACAGCCCUGAACUUGAAAUAUUUAAUUGUAGAGCCCAUUCUUAUGGACAAUUGUUUGCUCCCCGACUUUUAUGGCGGCAAUUUGAAUGCUCGAUAGCUAUUUUGAGGGUUUACGCUGUUAUUAAGCGGCGUGGUGACGAUCGAUUCGUUUUGGAUCCAGUUACUGGAGUUGUCACAACCAUCGGAGACGGAGUUUUUUCUGCUGAAAUGUAUCAAAUCGGCGUUUCAGCUCAGGAUAUAUCUGCUCCGUUAAAUCAAACGCAAAAAUCUAAUAUUGAAGCCUUAUCGAUAUACGUUGGAACGUUAGAUCCUCAGUUCUAUGAACCUUCGUACGAAGCCAGCAUAAAAGAAAAUACUGACCAUAAUGAUCCCAAACAAAACGUCGUGAUUGUUGUUAGGGCUUUUUCUCACCAGAAUGAGCGCAUUUCCUACGAACUAUUCUCAGAAAAAAAUAGACAUCCAACAGAAUUUUCUAUAGACCGAACAACUGGUACAGUUAAGUUAAUGCAGUCAUUAGAUUUCGAGAAGGAUCCUCAUAAGUAUGUAAUGAAAGUAAUGGCGACGGAAUCUUCUAGUCCGCCUCGAACUAGCCAAGUAUCUCUUAUCGUCUCACUUAUCGACGUCAAUGAUAAUUCGCCUAUUUUUCCACUUUCUCAAUAUACGCCACCACCAGUAUUCGAAAACGCUGAGUUAAAGAAAAAUAUACUUGUGGUGUCCGCCUACGAUGCCGACUCGAAAACGAAUGCUCAAUUAGAAUAUUCUGUAAGUGACCCAAAUUUCAGUGUGAUCUCUAGGAACAAUAUGGGCAGAAUUGUUACAAAAGAGCGACUAGAUUAUGACCGGCUGCCAAACCACGUCUAUAAUUUUACUAUUACAGCAAGGGAUCACGGAAAUCCCCGAUUGUCGGGAGAGGCAAUGGUUCGAAUUAAGGUUAUUAAUAUAAACGACGAAGCUCCAGUUUUCCAGAGGGUCGAAACAGUUCAAGUGAAUGAAGAUACCCCACCCUACACUGAUAUACACGUCAUUCAAGCUUACGAUCCAGAUGGUGAUAACAUAACAUUUGGAUUCGCCGGACAAACUUCUCUAUAUUCUUACGAUGGCUUGUUUAAACUUGAUAAAAAUAGUGGCAAAAUUACUCUGGAGAAGCCUUUAGCUGAACGAAGCCGAAACGAAUAUACGCUAAAUGUAUCGGCGACAGAUGAUGGAUCAUGCUGUAAAGGUGGACGCCGAUUGACAUCUUAUGGAAUAGUCAAAAUCAAGUUUAAGGAUGUUAAUAAUAAUGCUCCAAAAUUUGAACAGUGCUCUCAAUAUAGGCCUUCUGUGAAAGAACAUAGUAAAGUUGGAACAACUGUAUUUCAAGUAAAGGCUACGGAUAAGGACUGGGAAGAAAAUGGCGAAGUGACAUAUUCCAUUGUAAAAAGUACAAAAAAUGCUCAAUUUUCUAUAGAUUCGAUAACUGGUACGUUAAAAACAGAGGAGAUUUUUGAUAGAGAACAACAGACUGGAGUAUAUGAUUUAGGUGUUACCGUUAAGGCUGUCGAUAAGGGUAAACCAAGUUUAGCUGGAUUUUGUACAUUCCGCGUAAGAAUUGAUGAUAUUAAUGACCAUGAGCCCGUUUUCGAUAUGCCAAGGUAUGAAGCAACGAUUGAUCAGAGUAGGCGAGUUGGAUCAAAGAUCAUACAAGUGCAUGCAACUGACAAGGAUGCUAAUGAAAACGGCCGAGUGCGAUAUUUAUUGAAGUCGCACUCUAGAUACUUCCGUGUCAACAUUCAAACGGGAUGGAUAACCUUGAAAGAACCAAUUAUAGGAAUACCAGGGCAAUACGAAAAUAUUACAGUUGUUGCUGAAGAUAAAGGCAAAGAACAGAGAAGUUCCACUGCUAGAGUAUCAAUCCAAAUCAUUCGGUCUGGUGAGAAUACAUAUCCGCAAUGGAAUGAGGAUUCCAUCAGCGGUAAAUUUUACGUUGAUGAAAACGUCGAACAAAAUCAUCUAGUAUGCACGUUAAAGGCAACUUCCGGAAGCCAAAAUACUCUGGUCAGUUACACCUUGGAGGAAGGAGUUUCUCCAGAAACAAAUAACCCUCGAAGUUUUUUCUCUCGACCAGAUGAUACGCAAAAUGCUAUAGAGAUCUUAACGUAUAAAGCAUUAGAUUAUGAAACAGUACCGAAGUAUACACUCACAGUUCGAGCUGUAAACAAAGCAACUCAUGCGUUGCGUAAUGUUACCAGAAUAGAGAUACAUGUUCGUGAUAAGAACGAUGAAAUCCCUCAAUUCAUAGGCUUAGAUGAAAAUGGACGGUAUCAAGGAUCUGUAGCCGAAAAUUCGAAACCAGGCACUCCCGUUAUCAGUGUAACUGCAACCGAUCGUGAUUCAACUCCAGCAUUCAAAGAGAUCACUUACGCAUUAAAGAAGCCUAUCUAUAACUUACACCAAGAUGUACAUUUAUUUGACAUAGAUACAAAAACUGGAUUAAUAACAACAAAAGACACUUUCGAUAGAGAAACGAAACAUUUGUAUUAUAUAACAGUGACCGCCCUUGAUGGAGCAAUGUCAGAUAGGCCUAAAGUAAUGAAUUCUCCAAAUAGGGUGGACGCCGAAGUCGUUAUUCACAUCACGGAUCAGAAUGAUGAAAUUCCUUUCUUUAGAAAGAGAAUGGAAAGGGCUGUUGUUAAAGAGAAUGUCGAGCCAAAUCAUACUAUUAUGAGGGUAACGGCGGACGACAGAGACGUUGAUCCAGAACUAUCAUAUUCUAUAGUGAGUGGAAACGACAAUAAUGUCUUUGAGGUUGUAUCUCAUACGGGCGAAAUCAGAGUAAGAAAUUCAUUAGAUUACGAAAAGAAAGAGUUCUAUCAACUAGAAUAUAGAGUUUUUGACGGCAAACAUAUGAGCAACACCCACAUUGAGAUUAAAGUAGAAGAUGUAAACGAUAAUCCACCAGUAUUUGACAGAUUACUAUAUAACAUAACUCAUGUUUAUGAAAAUGCUAAAGCAUCAAAAUCGAGACCUCUUCGAAUUGGUAGGGUUCGUGCCACAGACCCAGACAGAGGUCGACAUUAUGGGCAAAUUACGUACGGCAUUACAGGUCAAUUUUUUAAUGAGGGGUAUUUCUCAAUUGACCGAAAAAAUGGCUAUUUGUAUUUGACAAAACCUUUGGAUAGAGAACCACCAGGAAGAGAAAUGUGGAGUUUCAACGUUUUAGCUCACGAUGAGUCUGGCUCUCCAACUUCUUUGACAGGUUACGCUGAGGUUCAAGUUUGGCCCUUGGACGUGAACGAUAAUCCGCCAGUAUUCCAGGAAUACCCGGAAGCCUGGGUUCGAGAAAAUGGAAAGCGAAAUGAAAUUGUUACAACUAUUAGAGCGACUGAUGCAGACCGUGGAAUGAAUGCCAAAAUUGACUACAUGAUCAGGAAAAAUAUAAUGAGAGGCCCUAGACAAAUGUUUAGUAUCGACCCAACCACGGGAGACGUACGCACAAACGUCGGUGAUACAAUCGAUAGAGAGAAAAAAGAUUAUUAUGAAAUAACUGUUGAAGCUAGUGAUAAUGGACGACCCAAGCAAAAGUCAUCAAUGUUGCUUCGUAUUAAUGUCAAAGACAUUAACGAUAAGGCUCCAAAGUUUGUUAAACGCCAAUACUAUGCAACAAUGAGCGAAGACUAUGAUAUAGGAACGAGUAUUAUAUCAGUUUCAGCCAUAGAUGACGACAUAGGAGCUAACGCUGAACUCCAUUACGAAUUAAUUCAAAAAGAUAGAACUUACUUUAAAAUUGACACAAUUCGAGCUACAAAUACGGGAGUCUUGAAAGUUCAUCGUAAAGUCGAUUAUGAAGAAUUGUCACAAAAGUACUCUUCUCACUUUAAUUUAACUGUUGAAGUCACUGAUAACGAUCCAUCUCAUUCUGACAAAGCAUUCAUUACUAUUAAAGUAGAGGACGCCAAUGAUGAAACGCCCGUAUUUUUACCUCCUCGAAUAAUAAAACGAGAAUUUAAAGAGGAUAAAUCAGUUGGCUCAAUCAUCGCUACUUUUGAGGCCGAAGACAGGGAUAGCGGUCGGAAUAAAGAAAUUGAAUAUAGGGUUGAAAGAGGAAGAUCUUAUGAGGCAAACGGAGAUCCAAAAGGUUUUUUCAAUAUAAGUCAAGACGGAAAAGUUCGAAUAGCUAAAAAUUUGGAUAGAGAGUUUCACACGCAUUACUUUAUUAACAUCCUUGCGGUUGAUAGAGGUACGCCCCGCAGGACGGGAACCUCUCAAUUAAAUAUAAUUUUAGAAGACGUCAAUGAUAAUCCACCACAAUUUGCGAAGGAUUACCAGCCGGUCGUUAUGGAAAACCAGGGUAUAGGAAUAGAAGUAUUGAGAUUCUGUGCAAUUGACAAGGACUCAUCCGAAAAUGGACCUCCUUUUAAAUUUUAUUUACCACCAUCGGCUCAGAAUCCUACGGCUGAUGAUUUUGCUCUUGAAUUUCAUCCCAAUAAAUGCUCUGGCCGAUCUGGAAUGGGAAUUCUGAGCACGAAGAAACAGUUCGAUCGUGAACGCCAAAAAUAUUAUCUGGUUCCUAUCGUUAUGGUAGACAACGGCAAAUCUCCCCAAACUGGAACAAACACUUUAACCGUAACGAUUGGAGAUGUAAACGAUAAUGAUCACUAUCCAGGACAUAAGGACAUUACUAUGUAUAGCUAUGGAGAUGCCUAUAUAGACACGCCUCUAGGACACGUCUAUGCCAGAGACGAGGAUGAUUGGGAUAGAGAUGAUAAAGAAUUUGAAUUGAUUGACCGGUCUUUGUCACGAUGGUUUGACCUGAACAAAAGGACGGGUCAAUUGAACUUAAAAAAGUCAUUAGGAAAGGGCCUUUAUAAGUUAAAGGUUAAAGUUUUAGAUCGCAGAAAGGACUUAAGCGUUACUUCAACGGCUCAUGUGCGUAUCCUCGAUAUUCCCAUUGAGGCGGUCGAUUCUGCAGGCUCUAUCCGUCUCUCUGGAAUAACAGCCGAAGAAUUGAUUGACAAAGUGGACGAUUCUAGUCGACAAUAUAGUCUUUAUGAUAAACUGAGACAUCGCUUGGCCACAGUCGUGAAUACAGCCCUCGAUAAUGUUCUAAUAUUCAGUGUUAAAAAUCACAACAAACUUUUUCGUACUACUGACGUUUUCUGGGCGGCUCACGGAAGUCCAUGGUACUCCCCUGUGAAAUUAAACGGAUUGGUCAACAAACAUCGGGAGCACUUAGAAAAGUCUUUAAAUGUAAAAAUUCUGCAAUCUCCGGUCGAUGAAUGUUCUUCUGAAAACGUUUGCGGCGGAGAAGCUUGCUUUAACAAGAUAAUAAUCGAUAAGGAACGGCCUCUUUUGGUCAAUACAAAUACGACGUCUAUGAUUGGGGUAAACGCCAUCACAAAAGCAAUUUGUGCAUGCAAGAAAUCUUUUGAAAAAACAGGAUGCGAAUACGAUACUUGUUUACAUGGAGGAGUGUGUGUACCCGUUCAACCAUACGAUAAAAAGGUUAAAGGAUUUAGGUGUCGGUGUCCCAAAGGAUUUGAUGGGCCAAGAUGUGAACAGACUGCUCAUUCUUUCUCUGGUCAAUCUUCUUUCGCAUGGUACAGCCCUCUUCUACAAUGCGAUAAAUCUCACAUUAAUUUCAAAUUUAUAACUACCUCACCUGAUGGUCUCUUGCUUUACAAUGGGCCUACCCAGUCAAAUGCUGAACCGAAUGAUUAUGUAAUUAUUGAACUUGUAGAUGGGCUUCCAAAAGUCCGUGUUAACCUUGGUCAGGGCGAAGCAAAAAUCCAUUUCACCAAUGGUAAAACGUUGAAUGACGGAAAUUGGCAUCGAUUAGAUACGUUUAUAGAGCAUCCGUUCGUCCGGGUCAUUAUUGAUUCCUGUCGUGCGCUAACUGGUGAAAAAAAUGAUUUUGAUAACGAAGUUGUUAACUCUAUUUGCGAACAAUCCGCCCGACUACCCGGUACAAUGAAACUGCUAAAUGUUAAUACACCGUUGCAAUUAGGAGGAAGAGCUACAGAUCACAGGACACCUUCAUAUCCGCACCAGGUUUAUAAGUACGGAUUUAAAGGAUGCAUCAAGGAGCUUCAGCACAACGGAAAACUAUAUGACCUUUAUAUUGGAGAUACUGGAAAACAGGAAAACGCCGAAGAUGGUUGCUAUCGCGAGGAUUCCGUUUGCGGUAGGACAGCAGAGAAUGAGCUAGGCUACUGCGGUAAAAAUGGAAAAUGUGUUGGAUCUUUUAUAAAGAGCAGCUUCAAGUGCCAAUGUGAACCUGGGUGGCGUGGUAAUCAGUGUCAAACUCCUACUAUGGUCAGAGAUUUUGGAGAAAAGAGCUUUAUCGAAUGGCGAUUCACCGAUUCAUUCUACGAGUCAAUUGUUCGACGCUUCACUGAACGCACAUUACUGCAAUUGAGGUUCCGCACAAGAAGCACAAGAGGAGUUUUAUGGAUGGCAUCAAAUAUCCACAAGUCUCAAUACGUAAUCUUAGAAAUUGAUAGAGGGAGAUUGAGAUUUAAAUUUAAUGCUGGAUCUGGUGAGAAAAAUGUUAGGAUUGACGAUGUUGAUGUCGCAGAUGGCGUCUGGCAUGUAGCCAAAGUGGAACGGUACUCCGGGGACGUCUGGCUCAGUUUAGAUGACAUUCACGUGGUCCACCGUCAUUUUUCAGGCCGUAUUCAUAUCCUAUUGAGUCAGGGGAGUUUUUUCGCUGGUGGUUUGGUAAAAUUUCCUAGAGAAUUUGAAAUAAUCGUUGAAUAUGAUUUGCAAAAUUCUUGCAUUGACGACGUUCGAUACGAUGGAGAACCUCUCCAGAUGACCACUUCAGAGAGCAUGAGUGACCUCGCCGCAUAUAUUGCUUCGGAAAAUGAGAUUAAAGAUCAUUGCAGAAGUGACGGAUGUAAAAAGUUAAUGUGCUUAGAUCCUUUACAUUGUAAAGAUUUGUGGAGGGCUGGAAAGUGCUUAUGUUCAGAUGGAUACGAAUCCUAUAAGCAAGAAUCAGUAACGACUUGUACGGAUAUUAACGAAUGCGAAACACUCUUCCGACCUUGUGGUCUCCACGGUACUUGUCGAAAUACCAUAGGGUCUUAUAAAUGUGAUUGCGAUCCAGGAUGGACCGGCGAAGAAUGUAAUAGGCAAGAGCUUAUGGAUAGCUCUUUAAUGACGACGGGUGCAAUAUUUGGCAUUAUAUUUUGCAUUCUCGCAAUAGCCGUAUUAGUGAUUAUACUCAUCCUUAUAGUCUAUUCUAGGUACAAACACCGCAAUUACAAAGCUAACCAUGUCAAUGGUAAAACAUAUAUGCACGGAGUUGAUCCAGACGACGAUGUUAGAGAGAAUAUAAUUCGAUAUGAAGAAGAUGGUGUUGGGGAUGAAGAUCAAAACGCUUAUAAACCGUCAUUAGAGAGUAUACCCUUGAAGAAAAUGCAAAAACCAAAGAGUAUAGAUGUACCGAAUGAGGAAUAUCCUCCAAGGAGAAGACAGCCACGUGUUCCACCACCGGGAGCGGACGUAGCUGAUUUUAUAUGUGCUCGAGUAGCAGAGGCGGAUCAGGACGUCUCAGCUCCCCCACACGACAGCCUUAGGCCGUAUGCUUACGAGGGUGAGGGAUCAGUUUGUGAUUCACUUUCGUCCUUAGCCUCAACAGCUGCUUCAGACGAAACCGAACAUUGCUACGAUUAUUUGGGAGAAUGGGGACCUAGAUUCCAGCGGUUGGCCGAUAUGUACUCAGCUCGUCAAAUGGAUCGUUGA